CUAGCUCUGUAUGGUCAUGCAAUUUUGAUUUUGAGAACGUUCUCACUGUUUUGAGGGCCACUGCUAGGCCUAGUUGACGCCUUCCAAUGAUGGCAGACCUGGGUGUGCUGAAGCCUACCUCAGGUAGUCAGGACUUUCUGUUUGAUUUUUCCACCACCCUCCAACAGAUGGUGGGGGAUGUCCAUUUCUACUCCACCUGCCAGGAGCCUGGGUGUGAUGAGAACACCUUCUGUACACCUGACACUGUCGAUCAGUGUCUAGCCUUCCUCAAUCAGGAAUUACUUUCCCUGGGGUUCCAAGCUCUGUCAUAUGACAGUCAAAGUAAGAUGACAAGCCUGAUUAACCGCCUUUACCAGAUUUUGUGUCUGUAUCAGAAACAUGGCCGAACAAAGGAGGAACUGGAAAACAGAUUGCUACGUGUCAACAGUGAAUGUGAAAAUUACCAACAUGUAAUCGCAAGGUUGAAAACAGAAAAGGAGAAACUUGUGAGAGAAAUAAGUGUAGAGCAGGAGAAAAGCCGGCAACUGAUGGUCAAACACAAGACGUCCACAACAAAACUCAAGUCCGAGAAGGAGGAGGUGAAGAGACUUACAAGUGUUAUCAAGGACAGAGAUACACAAUACAAACAUGACUUAAAAAAGAAGGAGAGAGAAUGCAAUAAAUUGAAGGAGAGAAUCCAUCAGUUACUGGCUGAUAAAACGCCUAAUCGGAGAGUAGGUUUAGAUAUUGCCUGCUCCUUACACAGUUCUGAUGGCAGAAGAAGUACAUGGAAAACAACCUCCAACAAACAAGAUGAAAUGUACCAGCAGUUGAUCUCAAUGUAUGAGGAGAAACAGAAGAAACUAUUGGUAGAGAACACAGAAUUGAGGACCAGUCUAAAACAUGUUUACAAAGAUGUCAGCAAUGCACUGGGCCUUCAUGAUCACCUUAUCACUACAAAGAGUACUCCCUCACAGGAUGUGGAGUCAGGUUCCAGUGAGGAAGAGUUCACAACCUACCCCUCAGCUUGUAGUUAUAGGACUCAGGACUCAGAUGGGUACUUUCAAAUGCCUUAUGACAUGAUUAAGGAAACAUUAGAGACCAUGUUCAAAGAAAGAUCAAGGAAAUUGAAAGAAAGGAGGAAAAGAAAGCUGCCAAGUCCUAACAAACCUGCCAGAUCUUGUCCCCCUAAGCAGUCACCAAACAAGCAUUGUGACUUGGAGCAGCUUAAUAAGGAAAUGGAGACCUUGAAGAAGCAGAUUAAGACAUACGAAGAUCAGAUAGAGAAACAUAAAAGGGAGAAGGAGAAUUAUAAAGAGGUCAUACAACAACAGGAGGACAUGAUUCAGAAUUCCAUUCAAAUGCACAAACACCAGAACUCGACAGAGCAUAUUUUGAAUGACUCCAAGGUUGAAGAGGAACGCGAGAGUCUUUUAGAGCAGAAGAGAUUAUUUCAUGAAGAGAAGAACCACUUCACAGAGGAGAGGAAACAGUUUACAGAGGCAGCCAUUAAACUGGGUAAAGAGAGAAGAGCCUUAGAGGAAGAAAAGACUGCCAUUUUAAAGAAUCAGUUUCUUCAGAUAUCACCCUUCAGAUCUCCCUCAGACAAAUCUACACCUCAUAAAGUGGAUUCCAUUCGCCUCCUUCCGUCCACCCCCCAGUUUUCACCGGCUUAUCCAGGACAGCCAAAGACUCCCUCCACAGUAGAACUUUUCAGAUUCCUGGGAAUUACCCCAAAGGAGCAAUUCUUACAUGACAAAAACUCUUCAUUAAGUGACUCCAGUGAACUGAAGAGAUCCCACAGUUAUGAGUGCCUUAACAGCAACACCACACUGACCACCUCUAACAACAGUGGCGACCUUUCUGUAUUCUCUGAGAAUAAGUCUGGUGUAGUCAAGAAAUCACUAUUCCAGCACCUCUCCUGUACACAAAGUAAUGAUGAUCUGGGAAUUUAACAGAAAUUUGUUGUGUAUCGGAGCUGAUUAUUUGAAAUGUGUUCUAUUUUUUUAUUUGUAAUGAACUUUUGUGAGGGCUGUUUAUUUUUCAUGACUUCAGCAAAUGCAUAAGGAUUGGAUCAUACAGCCAAAUGAAAAUAUGUGUUGGGUUUAUUUUUUCACUCAAGUGAGCUUUUCUGAUAAUGUUUCGUCCAUCUGUCUGUCUGUAAACUUUUAACACUUAAAUUUUUUUCAAGAAUGUCUAAUUUCAACUAAAAUUGUUUCACACCACCCAGAAGGGUAUUCAAAUUUCUUCAUAUGAAAUACAUCCCCCUUUUUCAAGGGGAGAUUAUUAAGAAAUACUGUGGAAUCAUCAAUGUUCAAUGAUUUUGUGGGUCACCCUUAUCCAUGAAUUAAC